AUGACGGCUCGAGGGCUCGCGCUGCUGCCCCUGCCCCUGCUGCUGCUGCUCUUCUUACCCUUCCUCGUGCUCCUUCUCGCCCCCGCCGCGUGCCUCGCGCACCCGCAGCCGUGCCAGGUGCUGAAGCGCGUGGGCCACACGGUGCGAGUGGGAGCCCUGCACCUGCAGCCCCGCGCGGUCCGGCAGCAGCACGGCCUCAGGAGGAAAACUUUCGACCGCGAGUGGGAGUGGGAGUGGGAGCGGGAGCGGGAGCGAGACAUGGGCCACACGGAGCUGGAAGUAACGGCCAAAAGCGGGAACGAGCUGGGCGCGAGGGCCGUCAGGACCAGAGGCUCGAGCGGCGGCAGCCAAAAAGGCGCGAAAAGUAAGAACGCGCUCAAACAAGUGGAGACGGAGAGCGCGUUUGUGCCCAGAGACUCCAUCCUGCUGGCGACCGAGACGCUCAACCGCCUGCCGGGUCUGUUACCCUACAACCUGUCGCUGGAGAUAGUAAUGGCGGUCGAAGCUGGACUAGGGGAGCUACCGGCCUUCUCCUUCUCUUCCUCCUCCUCCUCUUCCUCCUCGACGCCGGUGUGCGCCGACCCGGUGUCUUUUCUUCACAGCGUUUGCCACACGGUCAUCGUCCAAGGAGUCGCUGCCAUCAUGGCGUUCCCUCAAAACAGGGACGAGUUAGUCAAGUUGGAGUUUAUUUCCUCGUCGCUUCAGAUUCCGGUCGUGAGCGUCGUUCAGAAAGAGUUCAAACGACAGAGUCAGAACUUCCUUCAUUUCCAGAUGGCCAUGCAGAAUCCCCCAACUCCUCAGGCAGAUCUAAUCUUCUCUCUCCUGUCCAUUAAUAAUUGGUAUGAUGUCAGCCUGUUGAUGUGUCAGGAACUAAAUGUUUCCAGAUUUGUAUUCCUGCUCCGCAACAACUCCAGAUUUCACCUAGGAUCUGUUGUAAACAUUUCCAUUACCAACAGCAGUAACAAAGGUGACUUUCAGACAUUGCUGCAGGGUCAUCUGGACUCCAUCAAGGACUCUACGUCCACCAUAGUGACCUUUGGAUGUGAUAUCCGGGACAUAAAAAGGAUUUUUACAACUGUAGCAAAGUUUGGGUUAAUGCUGCCUGACUACCACUGGAUUUUAGGCGAUUCCCAAAAUGUGGAGGAGUUAAGGACAGAGGGGCUGCCGAUGGGCCUUCUGGCACAUGGGCGAAUGGGGCAGCCCUCUCUGGACCACUACGUCCAGGAUGCGUUGGAGCUUGUCACGAGGGCUGUUGGUUCGGCUGCAAUGGUUUCUCCAGAGCUCGCGCUCAUUCCUGGCAUCACAAACUGCAUGGCAAUUGAGGAGAAAAAUCUCACCUCAGGAAAAUUUCUGUCCAGGUUCAUGGCCAACAUGUCGUUUGAUGGGCUAAGUGGGUACGUUCAUGUUCGAGAGGAAUCUACCGUCAUCUCAGAAAGCCAUCACUUUAUUUGGAACUUGCAGCACGACCCUAUAGGAAAUCCCAUGUGGACUCGGCUUGGUAGCUGGAAGCAGGGGAAAGUAGUAAUGGACUAUGGAGCUUGGUCCAGCAAGAGGCAGUCUUACCCUGGGGGCGACUGGAGGCAUUCCUCAAGGCUGCACUUGCGGGUAGUCACCCUGGUAGAACAUCCUUUUGUGUUCACCCGUGAGGUGGAUGAGGACGGCCAGUGCCCCGCAGGGCAGCUUUGCCUGGACCCACUAACGAACAGUACAGCUCUGCUGGAGAGCCUUUUUCAGGGCCUUCAGGGGGGCAAUGACACUGUGCCCAUGGAACUGAAAAAAUGCUGUUACGGCUACUGCAUUGACUUGCUGGAAAAGUUAGCUGAGGAUAUGGGCUUUGACUUUGACCUCUACAUUGUGGGGGAUGGAAAAUAUGGCGCCUACAAGAACGGCCGCUGGACAGGUCUAGUGGGGGACCUCAUGAGUGGGGCGGCACACCUGGCAGUCACCUCCUUUAGCAUCAACUCAGCUCGCAGUCAGGUGAUCGACUUCACCAGCCCAUUCUUCUCCACCAGCCUAGGUAUCCUGGUCAGGACUAGAGAUACAGCUGCACCAAUCGGAGCCUUCAUGUGGCCUCUGCAUUGGAGUAUGUGGCUUGGAAUAUUCGUGUCCCUACACGUGACGGCGGUGUUUCUUACUCUGUAUGAGUGGAAGAGUCCUUUUGGGAUGACCCCAAAGGGAAGGAACAGGGACAGAGUUUUUUCCUUUUCCUCAGCACUUAAUGUUUGCUACGCCAUCUUGUUCGGAAGGACAGCUGCCAUUAAGCCGCCAAAGUGCUGGACGGGCCGAUUUCUCAUGAACCUUUGGGCCAUUUUUUGUCUGUUUUGUCUGUCUACAUACACAGCCAAUCUAGCCGCCGUAAUGGUUGGAGAAAAAACCUACGAGCAGCUCUCAGGUAUACACGAUCCGAAGCUCCAUCAUCCAUCACAGGGUUUCCGGUUUGGGACAGUGCGGGAGAGCAGUGCUGAGGAUUAUGUGAAGAAAAGCUUUCCGGAGAUGCACGAAUACAUGAGGCGAUAUAAUGUUCCUACAACCCCCGAUGGAAUAGACCACCUUAAAGAUGAUCCUCAGAAACUUGAUGCUUUUAUCAUGGACAAAGCCCUCUUAGACUAUGAAGUGUCUAUUGAUGCUGACUGCAAAACACUCACAGUGGGGAAGCCAUUUGCGAUUGAAGGCUAUGGCAUUGGUCUCAAACAGAAUUCUCCUCUGACUUCAAACAUCUCUGAGUUGGUCAGUCAGUACAAGUCAGAUGGAUUUAUGGACAUGCUUCAUGAUAAGUGGUACAAAGUGGUCCCCUGUGGAAAAAGAAGUUUUGCUGUCACAGAGACUUUACAGAUGGGGAUCAAACACUUCUCAGGGUUAUUUGUAAUGCUCUGCGUGGGUGUUGCCUUGUCUCUCCUCACCACUAUUGCUGAACACAUUGUCCAUCGCUGGGUGAUACCCAGAAUGCAGAACAAGCCACAGUACCAGUACUGGCUUCACACAAGUCAAAGAUUACAUCGAGCACUUAACCCGACCUUCAAUGAAGACAAAUUAGCAACUGUUGCAAAACCAGAAAAAAGGUGUAACAUUGGAAAUAACCAACAACCUCUGUGGAAUACCUCUGAGAAUUCCAUAUGCACUCGGCAGCACCUGUCCAAUCAGGAGGGGCAGCAGAACGACUUGGAGUGUUUACAGUGCAAAGAGCUCCCUCCCCCGCAAGUGAAAAGACAGCUUCCCCUACAGGCCACCUCCAACGGGAAAACAGACUUGCUGGGCCUGGCACGCAACCCCAUCGUGCAGGAGCUGACGGACUUGGAGUCACAGAUCCAGAUCAUCAAACAGCAGCUGCAGCUAGCCAUGAAGAAAAAAAAGGAACUGGAGCAGUAUCAGCAAACAAAAAUGGCAAGUGAGCCCUAG